CGAAAAGAGACGAACGAAAGAUGGAUCGUGGGUCUGUCAAAUAAUAAUUUUGUAUUGAAAACAGUUUCAUUGUGAAUUAGCAAGAAGAAGUGUUGUUAUUAAUUUAAGGUUUAUAAUGGACUACUUGGCGAGUAUCAGCUGGAAUAAAGUCACUCCCUGCCUUGUGUUUUUAAUCUUUGAAGUUGUUUUAGAAUUUUCAGAGUGCGCGACGCAGGCGGAGGUCAAUAAGCAUUUGGAGUUGGGUAGAGACUUCUUGGCUCGAGGACAACUCUCUGACGCUUUGACUCAUUAUCACGCAGCUGUCGAAGGAGAUCCACACAACUAUCUUACAUACUUCAAGAGAGGUACAGUGUAUUAUGCCCUCGGAAAAGCAAAAUUCGCACUUCAAGACUUUUCAAAGGUGCUAGAGCUGAAAUCUGACUUCACAUCAGCGAGACUACAGCGAGCGAAUGUCUACCUCAAAUUAGCACAAUAUACUGAUGCCAAAAAUGAUUAUUUAGAAGUCACAUAUGCGGAUCCGUACAACGAAGAAGCAAUCAAUCAGUACCACAGGAUAGACGAGUACAUAGACGAUCUGCGGCUGGUGGAGGCGUACUACCGCGGGGGAGACCACCGCGCCGCCGUGGAGCUGGCCACCCGCCUGCUCGACGUGUCCCCCUGGAGCGCACACUUGCGGCAGCUGCGGGCAGAGUCCUACGUGGCUUUGAAUGAUUUAUUUUCGGCCGUGUCAGACAUAAGAUCAGUAAAUAGAUUACAGCAAGACUCUACUGAUGGAUAUUACCGGCUCGCUACCUUGUUGUACAAAUUGGGACAUGUCAGUGACGCGCUCAAAGAAAUCAGAGAAUGUCUAAAAUUAGAUCCGGAGCACAAGAAAUGUUUUCCGUUUUACAAGAAGGUGAAAAAAGUGGACAAACUUCUCCAGGAGUGUGAAGACAAGAGUUCAGCGAGAGAUUUUGCAGGAUGCAUGAAGAGUGCUUCCGCUGUCCUGCUCGUAGAGACAGAAGUCACUCUGGUGAUCUUCGAGGCCCGAAGGUGGCUCUGCUCUUGUGCGGUGAAGGAGGAGCUGUACUCGGAGGCGCUGGGGCACUGCAGCAGCGCGCUGGAGCUGCGCCGCGACGCGCGACUGCUGUGCGACCGCGCCGACGCGCUGCUCGGACUCGAGAUGUACGACGACGCUAUCCGCGCGUACAAGGAGGCUUUGGAGUUAGAUGAAGGGUUUCAGCGAGCGAAGGAAGGUCUCAGCCGAGCACAGAAACUGCAGAAACAAUCCGAACAAAGAGAUUAUUACAAAAUCCUGGGCGUCAAGAGGACGGCGACGAAACAAGAGAUCAUCAAGGCGUACAGGAAGGCGGCGCAGAAGUGGCACCCGGACAGCUACCACGGGGACGAGAAGAAGUUGGCCGAGAAGAAGUUCAUCGACAUCGCCGCCGCUAAAGAGGUGCUGACGGACCCCGAGAAGCGCGCGCAGUUCGACGGUGGCUCGGACCCGCUGGACCCCGACGCGCAGCGACACGACGCCUUCCACUCGCCCUUCCACCACUUCCAGCACGGCAGCCCCUUCCAGUUCAAGUUCCACUUCAACUAACCUCACGACCGGCUCAUUCUCGCAUUUAACUGUCGCGCCGUGGACCACGCACACGCGCGCCCAGAACUUACAAAAAUAAUAUUGUAAAUAAUUUAACUCAAUAAAUUGUAAAUAUUUAAAGACAUUGAAUAGACGAGGAAGCCAGAA